AUGUCUUUCAAGAACAUUGCUGUGAUCGGUGCAAACGGAAAUUUGGGCAAGGGCAUCUUACCUUUGCUACUUGAGUCUGGACUGAACAUUACUGCAAUUACUCGCCAAACCUCGGAGUCUACAUUCCCUCAAACUGUUGACGUCCGACGAACGGACUACUCCUUUGAAUCUCUGAAAUCUGCUUUCCAAGUUUCUGUUGCCGAUGUUAGGGCCGAAAUAACCAUGGCAGAUGCUGCUGUUGCUGCUGGAGUUCAAUGGUUUAUCCCAUCUGAGUUUAGGCACGAUACAACUAAUCCUCGUGUUGUUGAAGUGCUUCCCCUAUUCCAGGAGAAAGUGAAAAUAGUAGACCACUUGCGCUCAAGAGAAAAGGAUGGACUGAGCUGGACGAGUUUGCAUACCGGGUUCUUUUUCGAUUUCGGCCUCACUUUCGAUCUCCUAGGGUUCGAUCUACGCCAGAAGACAGCAGCGAUAUGGGAUGACGGCAACAACAGAUCAAGUAUGUCCACGUUCAAGACCAUUGCUCAGGCAAUAAUACAAAUCUUUACGGAUCCAACGUCGCGAGAAGAAGCAAAAAAUCAGUAUAUACGUAUCGCAACAGUAACGACGACUCAAAAUGAGAUACUCCAAGCUUUAGAAAGAGUCAGCGGGGCUAAAUUCCAAGUCACUCGCAUCGAAACGGCAGAGGGGAAGCGCCUGGGAGACCAGCAUUUAGCAUCAGGAGACAAGGAUUUAGCGGGAUUUUUUCUACUUCUCAAACCUGGACCUCACCGCCUAGCCAUCAAAGCUCAGCAGGAAUCUGUCCUGGAUGUUGUGGGUCGCAUGUAUCCGAAAGUCACUGGAGAAGCAGAGAGGGGCGAGCAGUAA